UCCAGUCUGAUCGCUGAUAGAACAGGACUCUUAAAGAAGAAAUAUCGACACACACACACACACACAAAAAAAAAAACAUCUCUUCUCUCUCGCUUAACUUAAAAAAAAACAUGAAAGCAAUAAGCCCAGUGCGCUCUUUCCGGAAAACCAACGCGAAUCUAUCGGAGCACUCCUUGGGAAUCUCUCGGAGCAAGACCCCGGUGGAUGACCCGCUCAGCCUGCUCUACAACAUGAACGACUGCUACUCCAAGCUGAAGGAGCUGGUGCCCAGCAUCCCACAGAACAAGAACGUCAGCAAGAUGGAAAUCCUGCAGCAUGUCAUCGACUACAUCCUGGACCUGCAGAUCGCGCUGGACUCCAGCAGUGUCGCACUAACCAGCAGCCUGCAGCAGCAGCAGCAGCAGCAUCACCCUGUACGGCAGCAGCAGCAGGCUCCAUCAUCCAGGACUCCUCUGACCACCCUCAACACAGACAUCAGCAUCUUGUCAUUACAGUCCCCGGAGUUGCCAUCAGAGCUGAUGACAGAUGACAGCCGGACUCUGCAUCGUUAAAGCGGUGGUGUUUGGUCAAGACGCAAAAAGAAAAACACACACACACACACACACACACAUACAUACAGGACCUGGAGAGCAGGAUUUUCACCCCUCCACCUCUCCAAGACCUGGAUCUUUUUUUUUUUUCUUCUGAUGCUGAAAAAUCAAGAGACUUUUGCUUAUUAUGGGACAAUCUUUUAUGUGAUGUGUUUUCUGUUUGGACACUUCAUUAUUAUUUAACUUAAGACUUUUUUUUUUUUUUUAUUUGUUGGGUCCUUUCUGGAAAAUGGAAGGCUUGCUAUAUUCCCAGGCAGUGGGAGGAAAAACGAGAUUAUUGUCACAAGGAUUAUUCCCACCCUUCCUCCUCCUCCUCUUCCUCACCCCCCCAUCCUUUUCCCCCUCUCCUUGUUGAAGUCUUCGCUUUUUUUGCGGAGGUUGGGAACGUGAAUAGAAAAAAAGACAACUUGGUUAGUUACUGUAAAAAAAAAAAAAAAAAAAAAGUUUAGUCUUGUCUUGUCAGAAUUGUUGGCACAUGAAAGACUGGACGUUGUUUAUUAAAAAAAAAAAAAAAGAAGAAAAAAAAAAGUUAAAAUGAAAGAAUGAAAAACCUUGUGAACUCUUUAUCUGGGAGUUUAUCUUGUAUAGUUGCAGGAAUUUGAAACUUCUGCAAAAGUGUAAUGUUGUACUUAAUUAAUGCUGAAACUUUUUAUAAAAGUAAUGUAAAUUGUACCUUUUUUAUACAAAAAUAAAUCAAAAACGCAAA